CAUUCUUUGCAUUCCAAUCAAAAUUGAUAUAAUCUCUUGAUGACUUAUAAUAUAGCAGCUUAUUCAAUGGCUUUCUAAAGUUACACAAGGAAAAGCAAGAGAGGAGUCUUCUGCUGCUACCAACAAGAAAAAAAAUAGUAAUGAUCAAGAAGCUAAACAGAACUACAUAAUUUUCUUUAAGAGUGGGGGUGUUGGUGUUUAUCAAAAAACAAGAGGAUUUGAAGAAAAAAAAUUUGCUCGUAAGAAGUUCAAGCCAUUUGCCUUUCUGUGUAGGAAGGAUAUAGCACAGGCUUGCUUUUAUAGUACUGUUCAUCUGAGAAGACUUGAUAGCAUAAAUAGAAGGCAGCAAAAGCAGUAUUGGACUCUAUCCAUGAAGAUGAAGAAAGAAGAUAUUGCUAGAGAUAUGGACAAUAGUAACAAGGUGGAUCCGGCUACAGUAGGCAGCAAGGUUUUACCAGUAAGUGACUCAACGUUAUCAAUCUCUACUAACACAAACCAGGACCAGUGUGGAGCAUCAGAAAAGAAAGAAAGGAUUAAGGAGGACAAGACUAAAACAUUAUCAAGAAUGAAGGAGCUAAUAAGAUGGGCUGCUGCAGCAAAAUCAGCUGAAAAGGGAGGAAAGUACAUUGGCCGAAAGGUUCUGCAAUUUCGCAAUCGUGGAACUCUAAAACCAGUACCAGAUGAUGACCAGUUAAGCAAUGACUCCCCAAAGAUCAGCUUUAGAUGGGAAUUGGAAAGCUGUUCCGCCACUUCCUCUGCCUACUCGGCAAUUUCAGUAGCAUCUUCAUUGAAGAAUGAUCAAAGUUUAAACAUUCAAUCCUUGGAUUCAACAAAGUUUCAAAACUCAGAUCACUGGCAACCCAAGAAAGGCAAUUGGAUCACCUCAGAUUCAGACUUUGUUGUGCUAGAGCUAUGAAUGGAAGAAGAUGGGGCUAGAGUGUAGUUUUCAAGAGCUUCUUCAAUCAAACGCUUGAUCAAUGUACCUUAAAUAUAUAUAAUGAUUGAACAUCUUUAAUUUUCAGAGAUGUUCGAAUGUAAAAUCAAGGAAUUGAUAUGUCAAUGAAAUUUGGCCACAAUUGAACCAAAGUAUCCAAGUGGAGCA